CCUCCGGGAGGCUUUAAAGGCGGGCGCGCGGACCCCGGCUGGCUUUUGUACCCGCUCCAGGGUUUCCUCCGUCCUGUCCUCGCUAGCUCCGCCCGCCGCGUGCUCCCGCCUCCCACUCGGAAUGCCUGUCUGGGGCGGUGGAAAUAAGUGCGGGGCCUGCGCGAGGACCGUGUACCACGCCGAGGAGGUGCAGUGCGAUGGGCGGAGCUUCCACCGCUGCUGCUUUCUGUGCAUGGUUUGCAGGAAAAAUCUAGACAGCACAACGGUGGCGAUUCACGAUGACGAGAUCUACUGCAAAUCCUGCUAUGGAAAAAAGUAUGGCCCAAAAGGCUAUGGUUAUGGCCAGGGCGCUGGCACGCUCAACAUGGACCGCGGCGAGAGGCUGGGCAUCAAGCCAGAGAGUGCUCAGCCGCACAGGCCUACAACAAAUCCAAACACUUCUAAAUUUGCCCAGAAAUAUGGAGGUGCUGAGAAGUGUUCCAGGUGUGGGGAUUCUGUCUACGCUGCCGAGAAGAUAAUCGGAGCUGGAAAGCCCUGGCACAAAAACUGCUUCCGAUGUGCCAAGUGUGGGAAGAGUCUCGAAUCCACAACUCUGACCGAGAAAGAAGGUGAAAUCUAUUGUAAAGGGUGCUAUGCAAAGAACUUUGGGCCCAAGGGAUUUGGCUAUGGUCAAGGAGCAGGGGCCCUUGUUCAUGCUCAGUGAUGGUGUAAACCCAGAAUGAAGCACCGCGCACACCAACUCGUCACUAUCAAACACAGAUGACUUUAUGGCACUCACUACUGUGAAACUCCACCAGCAUGCGGCACUGUGCGGCCACCCUCUCCCUGCACAGGCAGGCUGGACCCGGCAGCGCUGCGCCCCCGCUCGCUGAUUCACUAGCAUUUAAGAGCAUUUCUUUUAUGUUUGAAAUAAAGUUUCGGCUUGA